AUGUUACAUAUAUAUUUAUUUUUUUUUUCAUUAUUAUAUUUAACAUUUGUCAAAGGAUAUGACAAUUCUACACUAAAUAUUACUCAAAUUUCAAUAACAAAAUUUUUAAAACCAGAACAUUUUACACUUGGCUAUCAUGUUAUAGCUCCAAAAUAUAAUUUAACAUCAUGUUACAUUGGAAAAUCUUUAAGUUCAAUGACUAUAGGAUUAUUUUGUUAUUUAUAUGAUGAAAAAAAAUUUUUAGCAAAUUAUAAAACAGUUAUAAAUGGUGGGGCAAAUAGAAGAAUAUGUAAUAGUAAAAAUUCCUAUUCUUCAAUAUCUAAUAUAUCUAAAGAAUACACUAAUGGAAAUAAAACAGAAAUUUUAAAAAAUUGGAAACAUUUAAUGAUUAUAAGAGAACCUGUUUCAAGAUUUAUAAGUGGUUUUGUUCAAUUAUGUGUUCUCAAUAUUGGGUUAGAAAUUAAUCAUCCAUAUUGCUUUAAUUGCAAAAAAAAUUUAAAAUGUUUUUUAAAAAAACUUUAUUAUCAUAUUAUAAAUUUAGGUAGUAAUUUAACAAAAAUUGAUAAAUUUAUUAUGUAUCAUUUUUAUCCUCAAUCAUGGCAAUGUGAAUAUUUAAAAUAUAAAGAUAAUUAUAAAAUUAUUUUAUAUACUUCUAAUGCAAAAGAAUUUUAUAAAGAAUAUUUAUUAAAACUAGAAGAAGAAUCUUUAAUACCAAAAGACAAAAUAAAAUUUAUUAAGCAAUUAAUUUAUAAUUCAAAAAUAAUUCACUCUACAUCUGAUAAAAAAAUAACCAAAUAUUAUGAAAAUAAACUUUUAAAAAAUGAAUAUUUAAUUAGUUUGAUUAAAACAAUAUAUAUAAAUGAUUAUGAAGAAUUUAAUUUUAAAAUUUAA